UCUGACGGCCCGCCGGCGGGCCGUCAGAGUGGGAUGAGGGUGGAGGUUUUGGACAGUGGUUUUCUAUGUUAGAUUUCUUUAAAUUGCUCUCUAGAGACCGGCAUCUUCCAGAUGCACUCAAAACAGCUCUAGUCAAGCCUCCGCUCAAACUGCAUAAUCUCGUCUGUUUUGAGCAAUUUUAGGCCAACCUGCCAUUUUUUAGCAAGAUAUUGGAAAAUAUAGUAUUCAAACAGUUACAUGCACUUCACAUGACAACAAGAUCCAUGAAAGAUUAUCUCAGAGUGAGUGCAGAUAAUGCAUCGCCGGUGGCUGCGCCGGAAGGAUCGGGUUCAUCCUGAGCUCCGCAGGCGAGCAGGAAGAACAUCGCGUCCCGUACUUUUUCUCCCCCAGCAACUCCUGGCACUCUAAUCUAGAAAAUGCCGCCAUCUCCACCCUGCAGUCACUGGUUGGUUGUGUUCUGUGCCUUCAUUUUGGAUUUAGUGGGUGGUUUGCUCAAAAGAUUUGUGCUUUGUCUCCUAGUGGCGCUUCACCUUGUUGCUUUUGGAAAGUCGCUGCGGUCUCUGGAUAUUAUGAGACACCUGGUGUUAACUGCCGUGGGAGGAAUGAACAUUUAAGAGUCAGUCCAUUAGUGGUUUGGGGCUCUGGUUGGGCUGUCCACAUUCCUCUUUUGGGGAACGCAUGUGUAAUGACUUCUCUGACUCAUGUAAUUCUCCUGUAGGGUCUCUCAUCUCUCAGCCAAUGUUUGAUUGGCUGAGGAACAUCACGUGAGAUGAUGUGCAAUGCGUGUACUUGUUGGUAUGUUUCCUGGACCGCUGAACGAGUGCCGUGGGGGCUGGAGGAUCUGUGCUGGUUAAAGUGGAAGUGCUCCGUCAAAGUUCUAUAGUUCUCAAUUGUUUGUCGCUGUAGGUCAAGGGUCUAGGGAUACAGGGGCAUCUGGGUCCGGACCGCGGUCUGCCGGUUAGUGACCCAUUGCAUAGAGAAUAAAUGGCUCCAUUCAGACUCAGUAACAAGCUUUACUCUCCCUCCUGGCCAUCUCAAUUUCACUAGGCGUGUCAUCCCUUAGGGAAGCUCUUUCCUCUCCUGCUCGCUGGACACGGCAUUUUCCUUGUCCAAAUAUGCACAAUCUCAUCUAUCUUGAUGACGUGCGUGUCAGCUCUCUCUGUGCGAUCACUGAAAUGGUUUAACAUUUUCACAUGUUGAAAUAAGCAAAUGCCUUUGAAAGAUAAUGUGAAUGAAAGUUCACAAAGCAGUGCAUUGACAAGAGUGUUCACCUGACCUUUCAAUAAGGCCAACACACACACACUCAGUACUGUUAACAUAAUGUAGCAGACAAUAGUCUGCUAUUGUGCUCAGUUUGUUUUUCAUAGCUUAGUCUAAUUAAAUUGUUCCUGAUAGUCCUCAGCAAAACACACUCUCCCUGCUGCACCUACACAUACACUACUGUAUUACACGCACACACACACACGGUGUAGUUGCUCUAUGAUACAUCUGUCCUCUCCACAAUCUGACUACGCUGAGAAACCUUUCAAAGCAUGCGAUCUCAUUGCUGCUGUCCUCCAGUGCUAGAAAGCUCAAUGCACGAACUAAAAGCUUUAGAGAACAUAAAUGGCUUUUUUCAACCAACAUUACUCUUUCUUUCAGAAGAAGUUAACUGAAAAAAGGUGCUCAGAUGAGGCGACUUAAAUCUUAACAAAAUCUUAGCUGCAUUUGUGGCCAAGAAAAGUGUAAAGUGCUUUUAGGGUGCUCAAUGUAAGGCUCUGGAGGGACUUGGAUGAAGGUGGCAUUCCACCCACGAGAGCAUUAAUCAUGUAAUUGCCAAAAGGGGAAGUACUGCUCUUCAAAAUAAUACAAAACCUAUUCAGCUCAGGAAGGAGAGGAGGCACUUCACAGUCCUUCAGCAGGCCUGUCUGAAAGGCAGGAGAAAAUAAGAAAGCAAUGUGUGACGGACGUGAGCCAGAACAUUAAAGUCCAACUGAAUUAAAGGUAUUUCUGCUAAGAAAUCUGUAUAUAUUUCCCAGGUAUUGGUUUUGACGUGUGCACUUUUGUCAAAAUUGUAAUUACUAAAAAGAAGAUGUACUAAUUUCUUUGCAGUGAUGGCGCCCGCUAUAUUUGUUUUGUCCAGGGUCGAUCUUUGAAGUUGAACUUUAUAUUCUAAAUGAUUUAACACAAAAAAUUCCAAUUUAUUUUGGAAGAAAAAUUCUACAUUUAGAGGAGGUUGUGAAAGUUAAUAUAGAAUUCACUAUUUAAUCAUUUAAGUUGAGUCUCAUACUGUAAUUCCAAACUUUAUUUUUGAUUCCUGAGCACUCUGUGUUUCUUGACUUUGCACCUCUUCAUCACCCCACCAGGGUCGGACAUUGUUGAAUGUCUCAGACUCGUGAAUAUUUGAUGCACUCAGUUGAUCUUGGUUCGGACAAACAGCAGACCACUACUUUUAAAUUCUGCAGCUUCUUUGCCACAAAUCUGCCACUUGGAGAGAACAGGUGACAGAGAAGCUGCAAAGCAUCGUUCCACAUUGUUGUUAUGAAUCAUCAUGAGCUAGAAUGAGUGCAACCUCUCUGUCUAUUUGCAUGCAAUUAUUCACAUUAAAUGCAAAUAUUUCAAACCACCAAGUAACGUUUCUGUUUUUUUUCCCUUCCAAACAUGCCUCGAGCAUAUUUCCGUCUCAUUGUUUGUCACAAUGGCUCCUUGGUGCUCAUGUAGCACAGAACGAGACCCCUCAGAAGGACGGUGAAGACGCUGCGUCCUCGUCAGACUCGGCCUCCUCCUCCUCACUGUUCGACCACUGGGGUCACGACCUGGGCCCCGAGAGUCGAAGGGUCGCCCUCAGGAAGUUCCGUUACUAUGGCUACAAUGGCUACCUUAGUGACCGUAUCUCCUUCACGCGGCCGAUCCCGGAUUUACGACCGGACGGGUGCAGAAACAUGUCGUAUUCCUCAGAUCUUCCUCAGCUCAGUGUCAUCUUCAUCUUCGUUAAUGAGGCCUUGUCGGUGUUGCUGCGCUCUGUCCACACAGCUAUCCAGAGGACGCCGUUACACCUGCUCAAAGAGAUCAUACUGGUAGAUGACCACAGCAGCAGCCUGGAGCUGAAAGAGCACCUGCAGAGAUUUGUAGAGGAGACCAACAUUCAGUACGGCCCGGGAUUCAUCAAGCUGGUCCGCCAUGACAAGCAGGAAGGACUGAUCAGAUCCAGAGUCAGCGGAUGGAGGGCAGCCUCCGCUCCCGUCGUUGCUCUGUUCGAUGCACAUGUGGAGUUCAACACUGGUUGGGCAGAACCUAUUCUGCAGCGAAUAAAGGAGAACCGGACCCGGGUGGUGUCUCCAUCUUUUGACAACAUCAAGUAUGACACCUUCGAGAUCGAGGAGUAUCCGCUAUCUGCUCAGGGCUUUGACUGGGAGCUGUGGUGUCGAUACCUCAACCCACCAAAGUCGUGGUGGACACAACACAACCACACGGCCCCUAUCAGGAGCCCUGCUCUGAUCGGCUGCUUUGUGGUCGACAGGAAGUACUUUGAGGAGAUUGGCCUGCUAGAUGAAGGCAUGGAGAUAUAUGGUGGAGAAAACGUGGAGCUUGGCAUCAGGGUGUGGCAGUGUGGCGGCAGUGUGGAGGUCCUACCCUGUUCGAGGAUUGCACACAUCGAGCGCACCCACAAACCCUACACAGUGAACCUGACAGCCCAUGUGCGUCGUAACGCUCUGAGGGUGGCUGAGGUCUGGAUGGACCAGUACAAAAGUCACGUCUACAUGGCUUGGAAUGUUCCACUGCAGAAGUCAGGAAUAGACAUUGGGGACAUUACUGAGAGAAAAGCCCUGCGAUCCAGACUCCAGUGCCGGCCGUUCAGCUGGUUCCUCUCCAACAUCUACCCUGAGCUCCGAUCCUACAGCAACACAGUUGCUUACGGAGUGUUGAAGAACAAUCUAAGAGACAACCUGUGUUUGGACCAAGGACCUGACACUGAUAAUGUCCCUAUCAUGUACCUCUGUCAUGGUAUGACACCACAGAAUGUCUACUACACCAGCUCUCAGCAGCUUCACCUGGGAGUGCUGAGUCCGACCAUCGACGAUGACGACAACAAGUGUCUGGUGGAUGUGAACAGCAGACCCAGGCUGCUGGAGUGCAGCUACGCAGCUACCAAACACAUGAAGCUCACCUGGACGUUCACUCAGGGUGGCUCCAUCCAGAACAUGGAGUCUCUAGGUUGUCUGGAGCUGGUCGAGAGCAAACAGCCAGAGGUCACUUUCCAGCUGGUCAUUCAGGACUGCACCGAUCAGAAGUGGACCAUCACUAACAUACUGACUGUCCUGCCACAGUGAACACUCACCAGUCAGCUACUAGAACAUAUUUGUUGUGAUGGACUAAUCUAGUAAGCGAAGAACUCCCCUGCUGACUCAGAUACACAAUUGACUGAUUAGAAAUGGACUAACAUGUUGACCUAAGCAGCAAAUACGUGUCCAAAAAAUUAGCUUAUUUUUAAAGAGAAUCUGAGGAAGGAGGACAACGUGUGCUUUAAUCAGACAUGGACAAUCAGUAACCUAAUAACUCUUUUAUACCAAUGACCUGAGAGAAGAGACAGGAGAGACAGAUGGAGCCAGGGUCUUAAACCUUCCCACUCUGCAUUUAUAAUGAGAAGUACAGCCGCUCGUUCCAGAGGACCGGCCCAUGAAAUCAUGCCAGCACUCUGGUCAUUGCAGGAGCAGGAUUUUGGGUCCAUGUCAACCAUUUAAGAUACUAAGACCUGUACUGACCCGGUCUCAUCACACAGUCACUGUAACAAAUAGAUUGUGCGUCUUUCAAUAUGUAAGUGUGCAGAGGGAGAAAUACAAAGCGUGCAGCCUCACGCAUUGCAGAAAAAUCAAGUAAUUUUACAAUGCUGGCUGAUUUGGAGUUAUUAGCGUUAUACACUACCUGACACACAGUGUAGGCCAGGAGCUAUAGAUGUACUCAGUAUUGCAAAAAGGGUGACAUAGUGUAAUGGAGAUGAACCAGUGAGUGAUUUAAACUGGCAUUGUAAUAGAAACUCUGAAGUUUCAGAGAGUGCUUAGGAAAUCAUUUGAGCAGAAGCAGAGCCGAGCGUCAUGCUGGCAGGUGUCACAUUAGUGGACAGAGCAGGAGAUUAAUCCGGAAGAGAAGAUGCUAGAUUUACUUGCACCUGUAAAACCAGAACAUAACACAACUUUGGCUCAUGCAGCAUUGAAAGAAGGAAAGUGAUGUAGAAACACAAACACAUCUGUUCAAUAAAAGCAGACAAAGAGCCAUCAGACAGGUGAUCUCACAGGAGAGGGAAAUCCACCCAAUACUCAAUCCACACUGGUGUUAUCGUUUAUUUCAACAUGUUAUGCUUACAUGUUGUAUGUUGAGUUCACCGAUAUAUUGACCCAAGAAUAUGUUGAUUGAACACAGUCAGUAUACACUCACACAGGCUGUGUGGGUGUGAGACGGGUGUGCAGCAGCUUUAACAGAGUCUCAGUCUUAUUUCUCCUCCAACUCACUUCACGCUGUUUUGUAAGGACUUGCCUUGUAAAUGACAACUGUUCUCAAUUGACUUAUCUAGUUAAAUAAUGAUAAAAUAAAUUUAAAAAAUAUUCUACAUUGAUGAUACUUCAUCCUUGUUGGAUACUGAUCAUGUAACUUAAAGCCAUGACGAGGCCAUUGAGACGUGUAACAUGCAGUCUGAAGGUGACACCACUGCUACACAUGCAGUUUAGUUUAAGUUAUGUAGAUGUAUGAAACAUUAACUGGACAUAUUGGAUAAUUCUGGAUUAUUACAACUGGGUUCUUAUUUGUGUAGUCCGCGCCAUUAUUAUCAUCAUCAUCACCAUCAGUAAUACCAUUGCACUAACCAAGCUAACUGGUGAAAAGUGACACAGCGAUAUUGCUAAACAUUAGUCUGCAGAUGAUCUGACAGGUUAUAAUCAAACAGCAGGUUAGUCAGAUGUCUUUGGAAGAGAAACAAAGUGAAACUGUUAACUAGCCCCCAGGAGCACUGAGUCAUGAAGCCGUUAACGUAGUGGCCCUUGAUGUGUAAAUGAGGCCAGGACAAAGUCAGUCUGACUGUGGCCAGUGGGUGAUUUCUUUGGGAUGAAUGGGGUCCCAUCCUGGAACAUGGGACCUUUUUUUGAUACACCGAUGGUUCUAUCACAGUUUACAGACCGACUUCCUGCUUCAAAUGACCUCGUGCAGGUACACACUUUUCUUGUGCAAUGAAAAAUAAUUACCGACAUUUCAAGUGCACUCACUUUCACCUACAAAGUAAAGUGGUUUCAAUCAUAUGGCUACUAAAGUGUGGACUGGAGGCCAUCUGGAUACAUAGUCCAGUCGGUGAAGGUUGAUCCCAGCGGUGAAUAAUACAUAACGCAUACAAUACUACAUAUCUUAGGAAUGACUUAACUCUUACAUGAUGAUGUGGAGGAAGAUGUAUGUGUUGUGUACUAUUAAUUGUCCCAUCUUCCAGAUUUGUCCACUCCGCUGGGAUCCCCCUUCCCCAAUUGGACAUCAGAUCGCCUCCAGUCCACACUUCAGUAGCCGUAUGUUUGAAACCACUUUAUCCUGCACACGUGACCCGGCCCAAGAAUCCCCUCACAAGUGUCUAUACCGAAACCUGAACCACAGAUCUACUGAGAAUGUAUAAAUAGCCGAUGUGACAUCAAUACAUGGGUGAUGAAUAAUUAAAUAAUGUUUCAGAGAGCCAGAAGAGGCUCGUCUUUAGGUUUUAUAGAGAAACCCUAAAAAAUACGAUCACACAAUAUCAUAUCCUUUUUUACCUGAAUAUAUGAAAACAUCCACAGCCAUAAUGAUUUAAAUAUAUUUGUAUUGAAUCUGAAAAUAGCAAGAUUAUUCUGAAACGGUGGGGUUUAUUACAUAAUCAUUACAAUUAUCAAACACUGUCCUCACUGCUAUAUCGUAACAUCAUCCUUAUGACCACUUUCUAACCACUUACUAUUAAUCCAUCAUUAACUAACCUUAAACCAACCAACAAAACAAUAAUUGCUAAUUGCAAAAGCAGUGGUAGGAGAUGUGGCCUUCACUACGUGUUCUGCAGCAAGUUGUCAGGUUUAAACUCUGGUGUCCCAUUUAAAGAUACACACAGACGAGGCAUUUACACUUUCACAGUUUCAGAAAUCCCUAAAACAAGAAUAUUCUUUGACAUGUCAUUCUAAAAUCCAUUUCAUUCAUGUGUGUCAGAUUUGAGAGUUUACACCGGUUUAAUGCGUUGUUGCCUCUCUGAGACCACAUGUUUGGUGGAGAACGAAUGACUGACUUUAUGAGAUGUUCAAGACAGUCAGAAUGCACAAAGAGUUUGGGGGAAGACCUCCCAGUGCCUCUCAGAUGAAUCAUCUCUCAUCUCAUUCCAGGAGGUGGUGAAGUCCUCUGAAGGACUUGUCUUCUUAGGACGCAGCCCCUGAAGAGGGACCCAGCUUGUCAUCGCAUGGCAUUCUACCAUCUUAAAUCUACAGCUAAC